GCAAAUUGUAUACACGCAACGUACAUAAUUUGAAUUACAAUGAAUUUAAAAAAUAUUAUCGCACUUUUCUGUGUUAUAUGUUUGGUCAAGAAAUGUAGUAGCGUACAUACUGAGCAGUCACCAGAGACAUCAAAGAAAACAGAAGAUCAGACACCAGAGACAUCAGAGAAAACAGAAGAUAUAACGAACAGACUUUCUCAGGCGGAAAAAGACGCAAUUCUAGAUAACCGUGUAACCGAUGAAUGGAAAGAGAAAUGGCAAGUUAUAUUCAACAAGUACGCCCACAAAAAGCGGCAUAUGAUCGACGCAGCCGAAUUACAGAGCCUACUAUUCAAUGAGUCAGUCGGAUUCAUCCCCCUUGUACAAGCAGGAAAAUUAGUAGCUAUGCUUAACCGAACCCCAAAAGCAACCGUUAUUGGAUUCGAACAUUUUUCAACUAUGAGUCCGAUAUUGGACAUUUUGUCGACGAGAAAAAUGAAAAAAUAUCCAGAAUACGGCAAUAAGGUUAUUUCGGUAAAAGAAUGCAAUGCAAUGUUAUGGAAGACAUUUAAAGUCAAACUAUUUGAAAAACAAGUAGAAGCUUCAGAAAUCACCAAACUUAUGGGCCUUGGCGGUUAUGAUAAAAUUGCAAUGGAAAAGGUCUAUGAACUAAAAGACAUAUUGAGAGCUACUAAUGAGUUCAACCGCCUAUUAAAAGCUUUUUUCAUAUACGACAAGGACGCAGAUGGAACUAUUACCGACGUAGAGUUGUUAGAAAUAAUGAAAACUAUUGAUAGUAACUUCACCAUAGAUCAUGCCGUAGAAGCGAGAAAAAAAAUUGAUAAAAACGAUGAUUGUGUGGUUGAUUUUCCUGAAUUUUUGAGAAUGAUGAAGCUUCCUUUUAGCGUUGAAGAGCUGUUUAAGGAAAAGUUUGAUGAAACACACAUAACCAGAGGAGAACUCAAUAGUUUAGUUAAAGAUACAAUCGGAGAUGUUCUUGAUGAGGUGGCAUUAAACGAGAUAGAUCCUAAUCAUGAAAACAGAAUAACUUUCAACGAUAUUGAACGUUUUUACAUUCAAAAAACUAACGAAGAAGACUCUUCAGAAGAAUAUUAAUUAAAUUUACUAAAAAUUUCAUUCAUACACUUCUAUAGGAAUAAACAGUUGUCAAUAAUCAA